AUGGCAUCAACAUCAUCAUAUACACAACCAGAAACUUCUCCACAACGCCAUCCUCAGCCGCCGGCCCCAAAGUAUGCCGACCUGGACGAGGUCUUUGACGAUCUAUCAAGUCGCUUCAUCCUGAACCUCCCUGAUCACCAGCUCAACUCGCUAGAGAGGAUUUGUUUCCAGGUGGAGCAGGCUCAUUGGUUCUACGAGGACUUCGUCCGAGAAGCCAACCCUUCAUUACCCUCCUUGCCCUUGAAGCGAUUUUCCGAAACCUUCUUCAACGCAUGUCCGUUGUUACAUCGAUGGAGCGGGGAUCACGAAGGCGCAUUUGCCCAUUUUAUGCAAUAUAAGACUCGUGUCCCCGUAUGUGGCGCAAUCAUGCUCAACGACACUUGGGACAAGGUCGUACUUGUCAAGGGGUGGAAGGCAUCAGCCGGUUGGGGUUUCCCAAAAGGCAAGAUCAACGAGUCGGAGGCAGCGGAUGCGUGUGCUGUUCGGGAGGUGCUCGAGGAGACUGGCUACAAUCUCGCCGGCCAGAUUAACCCGGCCGAUGUCAUCGAGGUCUCUAUCCGAGAACAGCAGGUGACUCUGUUCGUCGUGCCUGGUGUCCCAGAGGACUACGCCUUCGAAACCAAGACACGAAAGGAGAUCAGCAAAAUCGACUGGUUCAAGUUGAGCGAUCUGCCAACAUGGAAACGCAAUAAGGUACCUGGGAGCAAAUUCUACCUUAUCACGCCCUUCGUAGCACCCCUGAAAUCCUUUAUCAACAAGCGAAAGCCCCGAGCCCUUCAAUCUCGCCGCAACGGACGCACAAAUAGCUAUCGUCAGGAACACAACCUGUAUCUGCAAGACGAGAGCGAUUCGUCUUUCGUGGACAUACAGCAGGCGUAUUCCGCGCAAGAGAGUUCUUCCCAGACCUCCGCGGACACGGCAGAUCCCCAGACGCCCUCGCCCAUGUAUAGCGAACCCACAGUCCAUGUCGACUCCGCUGAGCCUAGCAUCGAUGCGCAGAACCUGGAUCCACAUUUCGCGCGCUUGUUGUCGAACCUGACGCUCUCAGCUACGGCCGGAGCUGCUAAGGCCAAUCAGACGUCAGACUCUGAUGAGAGCAUCGUCGUGCCGAGACGGGCCCCGCUCACUCCAGUACCUGCCUCGCCCAUCGCACAGGACUCGCCCGACUGGUCCAUGCGUGUGGAUCAUGCCACUUCCACAAGGCCGCCUUCGCUAUUGCAGCGGUCUGCUGUACGCUCUCCCAACACGGUCUCCAGGGGUUCUGCAGAGACUGUUCGCGUGGCUUUGCCCCAGUCGCCAGUAUCUUCCCCUCCGCCUUCCGCUACCCUCUCCUCGAACUCUGGCCCGUCAAAGCCCAUUGUUCCCGGACCGCCGUCGAGAAAGUCGUCUACUGCCGAUAUCUCGCCCUACUUGACACGUGCCGUCGAACAGCCGGUCAAUAGCAAGCGUCUGCGACAGCUUGCCCUUUUGGAGUCCCUAGUGGACGAAACGUCGCCAUCAGCAGGUCACCCGGGCCAGCCGACGGUGUCAGCUGUACCGGCUUCUGCCAGCGCUUAUUCCAGCGCUUUCCCGCCGUUCAAUGCACCCCCGCCUCCGCCUCCAUCUGCAUCUGUGCCACCUCCCAAUUUCAUGUCAUCUCACGUUCCCACGUUGUAUCAGCAGCAUACCCAUUCGGACCCACUCCCCCCUCAAACCAUAUAUCAGACUGUACAAAGCAACCCUCCGGUCAUCCCUGGACCCAUCAACGAGGACGAGGCCUUCGUCGUGCGCCCGCGUACGAGCAACAACUUCCGCCCCAUCCCACCUCCGCCCUCGCGCCAAUUUGGUUCCCGCGCGAGUAUGAGCCAGGCUCAGCUUAUGGGCAUCCUCUCACACGGUGCAGCACCGCUGCCCCCGCCCAUCCCUCACCAGAUGGCUGCUUCCCAUGGCCUGCCACCUCACUUCCCCUCUCGAGCUGGCAUGAUGAGUGUCCCGCCGUUGGGGAUGGGCCCUGUACUACCGCCACCGCCGAUGUUCCAGGUGCCUGCCCGCGUGCCGCCCGCUGUGAGCGCGGGCCUGCUCAAUAUCCUCAAUACUCGCGCACCCACUGUGGCCCCGGCGCCUGUCUCUCAACCCCAGUACGCCGGCGUUGCUCCUCGUUAA